AUGUUUAAUUUAUAAAAUUAGAAAUGCCAAUAUUUUUUGAGCAGAAGUUAGAAUUUACCAAUAAUAGGCAAGAAGCUAAUGUUGUACCUUUAGGUUUACUUUUGGUUCAAUAAAGUUGUUUUAAUUCCUAUUGUUCAGAAGAGUAUUGAAAUAUUAACAGAAGUCAUGAUCUCCAUAUUUUAAGCAGAUUAAACAAGUUUCCUGGUGAAUUUUGUUGAAUUAAAUAGGCAAAUAUUACUUAACUGCAAUACACAAUUAGAUUUGGUAGCAUAACGUUUGUUGAAAAUAGUGAAGUACAAACACAUUAGAUUAGAAUCAAAAGUUCAAAUAAGGCAAUUAAUUAGAUCUGUAACUAAAUUGGACAAAACCUCGAUAAAACUUGGGAAAUUAAUGUUGUCAAAAACUAAACUUUAUUCAAGAAUCCAAAUGCUUAGAUGA